AAUGAUUGUGUAUCUUGUAAACACUUUUUGAUAUCAAUAUAUUUGAUUUGCCGAAAAAAAAAAAAAAAAAAAAGAUGUCGAACCGGAACUACAAAAUCCGGUUUAAAGACGCAAGUGGAUAAUUUUGACCGAUCCAUCAUCGUUUCGUUUUCCACAUUCCGCCUCCGCUCAGUAUCUUCUGAAACCCCAACGUCAGUUUUUGUCUCCUCACCGCCGCCGUCGAUUUUCACAGCGGUCGAACUUCUUCGUCCUGCCUUAACGCAGCUGGAUUUUAAGAUCACUAGGAAUUGAGUUAGUCUCCAUCGAAGAGCUAGCGUUUGGAAUGUUGCGAUGCGUCUGCGUUUGAGGGAGAUUGAAACAGUGUUUGUAAAUGCGAUAGUACUGGGGAAGGAAUAAUAAUAAUUCAAGAGGAGAUUUUAUUUCACUUUGAUUGCUGUCGAUGACAAUGAAACGAUGGAAGAGUUGUGGUCAAAGUUUUCGCAAUAAUGAUAGGAUCAGUGAAUUGCCUGAAGCUUUGCUUCUGGAGAUAUUGUCUUUACUUCCAACAAAAGAUGUCAGAGCCACAAGUGUUUUGUCCAAAAGAUGGCGGUCCCUUUGGAAGAUGGUGCCGAGACUUGAGUUUGAUGGACGGAUGUUUUCAGAUAAUAUCAGCAGAUGUUUGCUUUCACAUCAAGCUCCGGUUCUACAGAGUUUGCAUCUCGAAAUGAAUUCUCAUGUUUUCUCUAAUAUGGUUAUUGGGAUAUUGGUGGGAAUUGCGUUUGGACUCCAUGUGCGUGAGUUGGUACUCUAUGUUUACGGCAGCCAAGAGUUGUUUAGAUUUCCUUUUAGCUUGUGUAACUGCGAAUCACUAGAGACAUUGAUACUCGGUCAAAAUAUUAUUAUUGAUGUCCCUUCUCCGGUUUGUUUAAAUUCCCUUAGAACUCUAGACCUAGACGGGGUGGGGUACAAAGACGAUGAAUCUGUUCUUAACCUUUUAUCUGGUUGUAUUAGCCUGGAAAAUUUGGUGGUUCAUCGACUUGAACAAGCUGAUGUGAAGACUUUCACUAUUGCGGUGCCAUCCUUGCAGAGGCUAACACUUACUGCUGAAAAUGAUGAUGAAGACUCGGUCUAUGUGAUAAAUGCUCCUUCUUUGAAAUACUUGAAGUUUGAUGGGGUUUUAGAUGAUACCACUUGUCUGAUUGAGAAUACACCUGAGUUAGUGGAGGCAAGUCUGAGAGAUGAUGAUGAUGAUGGUUACGAUGAAGCAUCCUAUGAGAACAUUCUGGGAUCAAUCACUUCAGUCAAACGUCUUUCCUUGAAGUUAUCACCCUUGGAGAUUACAUUUCCUACCGGUAGUAUCUUUUAUCAGUUGGCAUAUUUGGAGCUAUAUACAUUUAGAACUGAGUGGUGGAAUCUACUUACGCUCAUGUUCGAUACGUCUCCUAAUUUACUAGUCCUCAAGCUCACCGGUUUCAAGAUAGAAUGGGAAAAUGUUAAAAAUAAGGGCCUUUGGGGGAGAUGGAAUAAACCGAAGAAUGUUCCGGAAUGUUUGUUGCUCCACCUCGAAACAUUUUUGUGGACAUGUUAUGAAGCAAGAGUAGAAGAUGAGAUAGAAGUGGCGAAAUAUAUCCUAAGGAACGCAAGGCGUUUGAAAAAGGCAACUUUCUCCAAAAUUGAAAUUAAACCGAGCAAAAGAGUUGAGAUGGUUGAGGAGCUCAAAAGUGUGGUCAGGGCUUCGAAUUCAUGUCAGCUCGUGUUCAAAUGAAUCUUAUAUCACAACUAAUCUUUACUGUUCUGUUACUUUAGUUGAGACCAUCCAAAAAUUUCUGAUUUGGUUGAGAGUUUGAUGUUGUAACAUAUUUGUUAACCAAUUUUAAACAUAUUUGUUCACCGAAUUUUAAGCUGAGGCAUUCAACGUAUGAAUAUUCAUUUUAGAGAUU